AUGGAAUAAAACAAUGUUACUUUUUAUAAGCACCCUAUGAUUCAAUAAAGAGAUUUGAAGGAUUAAAGUAUUUUAAAAACUUUAGUUGUAAUUGGAGAAACAGGAGUUGGGAAAUCAACAAUGAUAAACUUUUCAGCAAUCACUAUAUUGGAUUCUAACAUGCAGAUCCAUUUAGAUUUAUAAUUGUUGAUGAAGAAUAAAUAUAACAACUAUAUAAAAGGAUUGGAUGGAAAUUCUACUCUAAGAAUAAUUGAUACCCCUGGAUUUAGAGCCACUAGAGGAUACGAAGAAGAUGAAAAAAUUUCAAACUUAAUAACAACAAAAUUGCAACCCUAGAUUCGAUUGCUUUGA